CGCUUGACUUAUUAAUUUUUAAUGAAAAUGGCUGCCUUUCUCCUCUAAAGCCUUUCGGGUGGGACAGAAAUCAGCUCUGAAUCUGCUGGAAAUCAGCAGGAAGAGCUGAACGGCUCGGUUUGCCGCUGCCGGCCGGAUCUCGAGCGAAGCGGUUCGGCUGCGAGCAGAAAUGAAGAAGCUGUAGUUUCGAGGAUGGGACGGAUUUUUGUGUUUAACCCUUUAAACUCCAGUCAAACAAGAUGAUGCGCCAGGUUGCCAGCACCAGUAACGAUUACUGCCUGACCGGCAGGCCCUCGUGUUUGGCCGAUGAUGGCCGGCACCCGGCAGGUCACUUCGACCUGUGUUCGGCCCACGCGAACAAGUUCUACACCACCUCACCUCCUCCGCCAUCCCUGCAGAUUCCUUUGACACAUCUCACCUCACCGUCACAAGGCCCCAAACUCACGCCCACACCCUGCCAGAGGCAGCCCACCCUGGGACAGCCACGGCCCCCGGCACGAGCGGCCCUCAAAGCCAGCGAGAAACCUGAGGACUCUAAGAAAAAGAAAGGCACGGGGAAGUCUGGCAAACGUGGACGGCCAGUAGGAACCACAAAAUUAGCCGGUUACAGAACGAGCACCGGCCGGCCGCUCGGUACCACCAAAGCAGCUGGGUUCAAAACCAGCCCUGGGAGACCGCUGGGCACCACCAGAGCCGCGGGAUACAAGGUCAGCCCUGGGCGCCCCCCUGGAAGCAUAAAAGCCCUCUCUCGUCUCAACAAACUGGCUUACGGAUCGAGCAGCGGAGCCGCGUUUCCCUACAGCAUCACCAACAAACCGGGAGCCUGCGAUCUGUCCGGCAAAGAGCAGGACAGCAACGAGACACCAAAAAUGGCUCUAGUUUCGUCAGUUCCUCAGUUCCUGAUCAGCGGCUUUCCCCCAGCAAGAAACCCGAAGACCCCCCCGCCGAGCGUUGUGGCGUCUUCCGAGGCCUGCUCUCAGUCGGAGAUCUGUCCCGGCGACAGACAGUCGAACAGUGUGGUGGCUCUGCCACUGCACGCCGCCGUCCCGCCGUAUUCGCAGGUCUGACGCCACGGACCUCACGCCGGACGCUUACGUUAGGGUUCUCAGUCGCGAGGGAGAAGUAGAACUUCAUUACGGCUCUGGAGCCAGCCGCGCAGCCCAGGUGGCGGGGGUUUUACUCCUGAGCUGAAGAUGAUGUGUUUAUACAGUAAAUAUGUGAGGUUGUUCAUUCUCGUCAGCUGUUUUUAAUCACUUAGACUUCACGUCUUCUUUCACAGAAAGGGUUUUAGUGCAGAACUUUCAGUGUUGAGUAGUUAUUGUUGAUAUUUGUAACUACAGCAUGAUAAUGACGGCAGUUUUAUUGAGUGCAAUAUUUGUACCGCGUUUAUUCCGUAAUGUGCCAUCACCCCACCAAAGAGUUUUAUACAGAUCUGCCUGUUUCAUCAACGUUGACAUCGCACUUGUGCUGUGAUUAAAGCUGCAUUCUGGAAGACUAGAAAUGCUUCAUAAUAGUGCAGGAAUUAAAGGGGAAUUCCACCAAUUUCUAAGAAAAUUCGACAUAAUUGAAUCGGCAUAAACAGAGUGAUUCAAGGUGGUUUGGUGUGAAGUGGUUCAGAUGUGGUGGUGAUGGGAGCCAGGGGUCGCCAUGACUACAACACAGAUAUAGACAUUUUAUUUACCAUCCAGAACCACCAGAGAACCUACACGAGUCUUCUGAGUGUAUAUGGAACGUUGAUGAUGGGAAAAUCGUGGAAAAUCGGAAAUGAUCCGUUUUCUUUGGGGACUAUUUUUCCUUUGAGGCCAAAACCUUCUCUAAACUAUCGUAAAGCGUCUCAGUCACGAGGCAGUGAAUUCGUAACUAUUGUGUGUAACUUUUUGAGCUUAUAGAGGUGUCUGGUUCCUGUCACCACCACUGUGAACAACUAGAACGGAGCAUUUCACACCAAACCACUCCGAAUGACUCUGAUCUCAUACACUGAGUUAUGGAGGAAUUUUGUAAACACGGUGGAAUUUCCAGAAUUUUUUUUAAAACGGCUUUUAUUUGGCUUUAUAUUAUAUAUUUGGCCUUUGAUAAGCAGCUAUACUAGCGAGUUAAUAUCAAUACACAUUUCGAUUUCGAAGUUCCAGCAGGUGUCGAGUCUAAAUUGGUUUGUUCUGCGCUGACUAGUUAGACAUCAGUGUGGCAUUAUUUAUUAUUUAUGUGAAUUUCUGUGAAUUCUCAGCUCCUGCUGUGUGCUGGUCAGUUCCCUGUUAGCUUUGGGGUUUUGUUUCUGACCAUCAGCUUGAAUAAAUAUAAAUAUUAAUGUUUUUUAACGUAAUGUAAUGUCUUUGCUAUACAGGAUUUCUAAUUAAAUGUCACAUUAACGUGCAUCAUAGCAAAGAUAAACAUUGGCCCUUUUUCAUCAGAUCGGCUAACGCUCCAAUCAGAUCAUAAAAUCAGCGCUCAUAGGCUUCACCAGCAGUUUUGUUACUCAUCAGUUUGUUAUCUUUAGCAUUAGGAUCAGAAUCAGAAUCAAGCUUUAUUGGCCAGGUUUGUUUACACGUACAAGGAAUUUGGUUUUGGUUACAGGAGCUCACAGUGCACCCUAUCCGACAGACGUUUACAUGUAGUGAAUAAAAUAAAUCUAAAAUAAAACACAAAAAAAAAUGCAUUCCUACCGUCACUCACUCAUACGUCUGCGCUGUAUGUGAGACUGGUUUACAUAUAACCGUACAAAUAAACAAAAACAAACAAAACACGACGGAGCUCCCAACAAGUGUAGCCGUCUUACAACCAGUGUAGCAUCUUGGAUGAUUUGUUUACCAACGUGAAAGAAAUGCUUGAUUUACUGUAAACUGACCAAAACCGUUAUCAAUAUCGUCUGUAGUUUAAUACUAAUAAUAAGAAUAAAAAUAAAAAAGAAUAUUAAUAAUGUGUGCACAUUGCAGUCCAGUUCAAAAGUGGAUGUGCUCAAUUUACAUGCAGACAAACAUUUUGAUAAACAACGGUUGCAACUAUUUCAUGUUCCAUUUAAAGAUAUUACACCGUACUUUUGUUUUAUACUAUAUUAUAGACUCCACCCACAAAAUAAACAAUACCAUACACAGCUGUGGUAACUUACACUAAAUCACAUCAUUCUACUGCCUAAAAAAACAGACUUUUUUUUCACAUUUUAUUCUUUUCAGUGGUUUUAAUUUGAAUAAUAUAAAGAUUGGUCAGUAGGGGGCGCAGUGCACUCACUGAUCCAACUGAAACUCCAACUACAAGCACAGUCACUGGCGCUUUAGCUGCUGAACACUCGUUUUAUUGGCUCCCUACUGAAAGAUGCAUCAGGGUGUGUUUCAUGUAAAUAACACUUAAAUGAGGUGCUGGUAUGGUGGCGCUUGAUUUCACGCACUGAAGCUGAUUCAGAGCUCAUAUUUGUACUUAACACACCUCACAUAAGCUUCGUGAAUCGGAUGCAGAGCAGUCAAAUCUGCGCUUUCUUUUAUGCAGCUUUGAUGAAUAAGGGUCAGUGAUCCUGGACUUUUGCAGUGGAACCUGACUGAUAUAUCAGUGUGUCGAUGACAUCAGCUGAUACUAUUGACCUGCGUGUUUAUUAAUAUCAGAAAAAUAGUUGCUGAUAAUUACUUGAUUUUACAAUAAUUACAAUAUUAGUAUUGAUGUCUGUUUUCUGUAUCUUUAAGACUGAUAUGUAAAUGAGCUCUGUUCUGACUGUUCUUCAUUCAAAAGGCAGUACAGGCUGAAACAUUCCUUAUAACUGCAGCGCAAAUGGGCGGGGCUAAACUGUUAUAAGUUAAAUAGGCUGAUGAAAGUAAACAUGACAUCACAAGUACUGUUUGGUAGCUUAGUUUUUGUGUGGAAAUUAUAUUUGUGUUUACAAACUACAUUUCAAAAAAAGGGAGGAUAGUUUGUUUUCCCUGAUAUGAACCCUUUUAGACUAAGUGUAUGCUGUUUAUUUGAGGUUAAGAAGUGUGACCAUGGAGAACUGACCAGCAUAUGAGCGCAAAAAUAAAACUUGGAGUAAACUUAAAAUUUUAAAUUGUAUCAUCUGUCACAGUUUUAACCUCUUAAAAUUGUUAUUAGCCACAAAAUCCCACAUCAAUUGGGCCCUGAUUUAAACUGAUCAUUAUUUUUAGAAUAAUUACGGGACUUUUAGCUUAGAAAAUUACUGACGAAGAUUUUACAGAAUGCAGCUUUAAGAGUAGAUACUACAGGGGCUCCUUUCACUGAAGCUCUCUUUGUCUGUCCUGACCAGCCUGGUAUCUCUUCUGUACUAAAUAAGCACUACAUACACAUCUGAGUCAGUUACAUUAAUGAAGCACUUCUAUCUCCUGCUGGACUUUGUGCCAGGAGUCCAGACUCAUCAUGUCUGUUUGUUUUUGGUUUUGUUGUAUUUUUAAGUACUCUUAGCUGCUAUUUUUUUUCUGUGCAUAUGCUAUAUGGCAUACAAAAGUAUGAGGACACCCCACAAAUUACUGUGUUUCAGCCACACUGAUUGCUAACAGUUGAAUAAAAUCAAGUACAUA